AUGCCUUCUUACCUAAUCACUGGAACUUCCCGAGGACUCGGAUUCGAAUUCGUCCGUCAGCUGUCUGCUGAUCCAAACAACACCGUAAUUGGAUUUGUUCGCAACAAACAAGCUACUGACGAGAAGGUUGAACGAGAACUACCUGGUAGAUCUAACAUCCAUACAAUCCGAGGAGAGAUUCAGAAUUAUGAGUCUGUCAAGAACCUGAUUGAUGAGACGGCUAAGAUUACAGGUGGCAGUCUCGACUACGUCAUCGCAAAUGCUGCUUUGCAGUCUGAAUGGUCUGGCCACAAUCCAAUUGGAGUAUUGGGCUCGGAGCCAGAGAAACUGGAGGAAGACUUGAUCGAGUCUUACAAGAUCAACACAGUUGGGAAUGUUCAUCUGUUCAACUUGGCCCUGCCACUGAUCCGCAAGGGUCAAGCUAAGAAGAUCAUUGGAAUCUCGAGUGGUAUGGCAGACCCCGACUUCAUCACUCAAUUUUCGAUUGUCGACGGUGCACCUUAUUCGAUGAGUAAAGGCGCCCUGAACAUUGCAAUUGCCAAGUUCGAUGCUCAGUACAGGAAGGAGGGGAUCUUGUUCAUGGCAAUUUCACCAGGACUCGUUGCCACCAAAGACAUGUCAAAUGUCACAGAAGAGGAGCUGAAGGGUUUCGCCGCGAUGGUAUCGGCAUUCCAAGUCUACGCACCACAUUUCACAGGACCAAUCAGUCCUGAAGAGUCUGCCAAGCAUGUGCUCUCUGUUGUGGACAAGGCUAGUAUCGAGUCCGGUAGCGGUGGAAGCUUUGUGUCACACUUUGGAAAUAAGCAGUGGCUAUAA